AUGAUGGACAGCAGGAUACUGGACCCACCUCAUGCCCAGUUCGGGGGCUCUCUCGGCGGGAUGGUGGGCUUCCCGUACCACCUAAGCCACCACCAUGUUUACGAAUUAGCCGGUCAUCAACUUCAAUCCGCAGCGGCGGUUCCUUUCUCAAUAGACGGAUUACUUAAUGGCUCCUGCGCGGCGUCGGUGGUUAAUUCCAACCCCCUCUUGUCCUCCGGCUGCGGUAUGAAUGGAGAUAAUCAGUACAAACUGACGGACUCGGGGGAGCCGGACAAAGACAGUCCCGGCUGCAAGAGGCGACGAACUCGCACGAAUUUCACCGGUUGGCAGCUGGAGGAGUUAGAGAAGGCGUUUAACGAGAGCCACUACCCGGACGUGUUCAUGAGGGAGGCGCUGGCUCUGCGACUGGACCUGAUAGAGUCGAGGGUCCAGGUGUGGUUUCAAAAUCGGCGGGCCAAAUGGCGGAAGAAAGAGAACACGAAGAAAGGUCCGGGUCGACCGGCCCACAACUCCCACCCGACGACGUGCAGCGGAGAGCCGAUGGACCCGGAGGAGAUCGCCCGGAGGGAGCUGGAGAGGAUGGAGAAGAAGAAGAGAAAACAGGAGCGGAGGCUGCUCAAAUCCCAGAACAAACUUCUGGCUGGGGAAUUAUUCCACACCCCCGAAACAGACAGUGACAGCGGGGUGUCACACGUGACGGACGUUGAGCACAACAGCAACAGCAACACGGGGCCGUAUUUCGAACGGAACCAGACGCAGUCCAGCUGCGACCAAACGCCCCAUCACGCCCUGCACAACCAAAGACACCCGAACCCGGACACUGCUGGCGGAUCCGAGCUGGACUCGUCGUCCGACAGCAGUAGCCACCACCAGCCGAGCCUGUGCGUGUCGAACAGAGCCUCUGGCCUGCAGAAACUGAACCCUUUUAGCGUGGAGAGCCUCCUGUCGGACUCCAGGCCGAGGCGAAAACCCAGCGUGGACGGAUUCCCUGCCUUAUCCUCCUCUCGGCCUUUGAUCGGGAAGGGACACUUCCUGCUCUAUCCAAUCACGCAGCCGCUUGGAUUCAUUGUUCCGCAAACCGCGCUGAAGACGGCGGCGCCGAGCUGUGACGCAGACGGCGCCGUCCCGACCGGCGGCGGAUGUAAGGGCACCGCGGACUCCUCCGACGGCGCGCGCGCCGAAGCCGCGCGGCCGCCCGAGGGGCACCUCGCGCCGGACAAAACGAAGCCGGGCUCGCCGCCGCCGCCGCACGGCAGCCCGACCCGGCCCGCGCCCUUUCCCGGCGGCAAAAUCAGCCAGACUUGCGGCGGCGGCGGCGACACGUGUUUCACAGACGAGCGCAUCGCAGAACUUCGGUUUAUCGAUUCCAAAUGUGCGCAGUCCGAGAAGAAAGAGCCGGUAGAGAGAGACUACCCCGAGACCACCGCCGGGUCUAUAGUGCCCAGCGGUUCAUCCGAGACACACACAGACUCCAAAGAGGUCGAUAUGGAAUAA